AUGCCCGGGCGGGCGGAGCUGGAUGGCACCAGCGCGGAGGAGUGCACCGGAGGGUUCAAUGAGUGCCAGGCGGCAGCAGAGCUGUUCGUCCAUCACGGCUCUUCGGCGGGCCGGAUGGCGACAGGCGGCAGGCGCCAGGAUGUUGCCGCGGCAUGGACGUGCCGCUCAUGUACGGGGCGGGACGGCAAACCCUGCAUCAGCAAGUCCUUCCGCACCGUGUGCUACUCUUGGAGCCUCGGCAAGGGGUGCUGCUUCCUCAGCAAGGUGCUACCGAAGGAGCCCUUCGUGCGCCGGGCGGCUUCGGAGGCGUUCACCCAGCGUGAGCGGGAGCUCAAGGCCAAGGAGGCGGAGCUCCGCAAACGCGAGGCGGCCGUGGCCAAGGCGGAAAAGGACACCACCUCGGGCGCAGCUGGGACACCCGGAGGUGCGGACGAUUCGCCCGCUGUGGCGGACCAGGCCAAAGCAGACCGGCUCCGUGUUGACCUCGAGGCCAUGCCUUCGAGCCCCCUCGAGCUCGAGUUGGGCGAGGCCUACCAGGGCCGCCUUGCCGGCCGCUCCGGGCUCGGCGACUUCAACAAUGGGCAGCUGGAUCUCCUGGCGGAGGCGAUCCUGGAGUUGACCGUGCGUGCCGUGGAUCGUGCAAGAAGACUGGAAUAUCAGCGCUCAGAUGUUGGAGGACUCGCAGUGGGCCGAUUCCCUUUGGGUGUGAUCGCUGCGCCCGUCGGCGCCGCGUGCUGGGCUCGCAACCCAGAGCCUGACGUUGGCACCGCCACUUUGGACUUCUUCGCGAUGGCUCGGGAACUCCGGCCCCCCGUGGAGCAUGUCUGGGUCGCCGCGGGGGCGCCCGCGGUCCCGCGCAGCCCCUUACACUUGAAGUUGGCGGGCCUGAGACUGCCCGCCUGUGUUUCCCAGGUGCGGCGACGCAAGGCCUAUCCCGCGGAGCCCUGGAUAGGGCCGCGGGCCCUGCCGCCCGGUGCUACGUGGUCUUGGAGCUGCGGUGCUGCACCCCCUUCCCUGGCAGAAGGGUUCAGAGAGUGGUUCGUUGCCGCGGCCGAGGUGCAGCUAGACGCCUUGCGCGACGUAGGGGAGGCCAAUGCGCGUUGGCCUGGGCGGGCCGAAGGCUGCCGUUUGGCGCGGGCCCCUCUCCGCGAUGCUUGGUGCCACGCGCUCGUGGAGCGCCUCGACGGCCGCGCGUCCAUGUGGAAGAGCUUCCAGCUGCUCGCAGGGCAAGUGGCAGCGCGUCCUCCGACCGACGAUCCGGACUCCAGCAUCGCGGCGGAGCGGGCGUUUGAGCUCCUGGGCCAGGUUGGCGGUCUGGACGCCGCGAUGCGCCAGGGCGCGCUGGCAGAGAUCCAGACCGCGGAGGAGAAGGCGCUGGCGACUCGCGCGGCCUUCGCGCGGGCACGCUGGCGCGCGUUCGCGGCGGGCGCAGUGCAGCGCGGAGGGCGGAUCGCCCACCGGAGGAUCAAAGGGCCUCGGCCGCCUGCCGAGGCUUUGCUCGAGGCCGAUCCGGGGCCCUGCCCGCUACCCGUCAACGGGGCCGCAGCGCUGGAAGUACUGCUGCAGUUCCACCCGCGCUGGAUCCUCGACCUGCCCAUGGAGUCGCAGCGGCGCUUCGUGGACUUGGUCAGCCACUUCGAAGCGCAGCCGGAGCAGACCAUCACGAUUGCCACCAUGCUCGUCAACGUCGCAUUCCAGGGGGAACCUGAUGGGGGCGCCAGGCCGACUGGACUGCUGCCACUGCUGUUCAAGAUCUACAGCCGGGUGCGGCAGCCCCUCUGCAGGGCGUGGGGACAGGUGCUUCGGGCUUUGCGCGCCAUCUACGUGGCCCCCGGGGUGGUCAUCUUGGACGGCGCAGUCUCACGGAAGGUGCACCCCGCGGCGCAGCUCGGCAGCGCAGCCGCGGAUGUCGUCGACAGCCUCGCGGUGUUGCAGCUGCCGGCGCGCGAGAAUAAUAAGCUCGCGUGCCUCGCCUCGGACGCGGGGGUCGAAGCAGCCCUCGCGACGCGCUGGGCGCUGAGUCCUUCGGCCGCAGUGCAGCGCGCGCGGAGCCUCGGGGCGGGCGCCGACGAUGGGGGCCGCCGCCGCGUCAACAUCUGCGCCGAAAGGCAGGCGGCGGCACGGGCGCAGACGCUGGGCCGCUUCCGGCACCCGCGGCCGCGGGCUAUCUCCCCCGCGGACGUGGCGCUGUUGACGUUGAGGCGGUGCGGCUGGCGCUUCGAUGGUGCCCGAUUGGACUUGAUGCGCAUGGCCGUCUCGCCCAAGACGCCGCUCGGCGCAAAACUGAGCGAGGCGGCAGCAGAACUCCCUCCGGGCCAUCGUGGGAAACGCGCGCUGGUGCCAGGGGCGGCUGUGGCGCCAUGGUCUCGCAUCGCGUGGGCUGUGCAAUCUCUGCAGGGCGAAGGGGCAGUGGCUGCCGAGCGAUUCGCGCGCGGGGAUUUCCCCGACCCGAAACGCCUCUGGAGCGAGAUCGGCUGCCGGGAGAUCGAGAUCCAUUGGUGGGGCCGUCCCGCUUCAGGGAGACUCGAGGGUGCGCUGUUCUCCGACGGCUCCGCCUUCGCGGGGCGCUCCCCCGGCGUCGGCCGGGCCGGGCCGGCCACCCCUGACCUUGGUGGCAUGCGCGCGGAGCGGAGCAUGCAGCGCGAAAUGCGCCUGCAAUUUGGCAGCGGGGCAAACACCGCGACGCUGCGGUGCCAGAAGGCGCGCCUCUUGGAUGGGUGCUUUCGCGGCUACGGGAGCCCACCUCAGAAGACCUCGCAGCCUGCUCCGGGGCAGCGGCUAGCCCGGCCACGGCGGCAGGGCGCGCAGCUGGACAGGUACCGCUGCGGCGGCGGCAGUGCCAGCAGCUGCGUCCACGCCCUUGUGGAGGGCCCGGAGGUCGCGUCGCUCCUCCCGGGGGAGCACCGAUCGAAGCUCCGGAGGCCCUGGCGGCAGGAGCGCCGGCCUUUGCCGCGCGCGGCGGUCGCCGUGUCCAGCACGCUGGCCGCGGCACUGCUCGCCGGCGCCGUGACCUCGGCGGUGUCCGCCGCGCGCGGCGCGGCGGGGCCGAGACACGUGAGCCACGUCGGGCGCGCAGAGCGCAAGGAGACGAGCUCUACGCGUCCCCCGUGA